AUGACGGACGAAACGGGAUUUUUAUACCUUUUGAAUGACGACGGGAACAAAAAUAUUUUCACAAACGGUUUACCCGUUAAAGAUGGCGCCGAAUGUAAAAAUUACGAAAAAAUUUUUUUAAACGUUAAUAAUCCGCCGUCGGAUUCGACGUUUCCGUCGAAAUCCGCGUCGGAUUUAACCAUUGAAAUAACAAACAAUUACCUUAAAUUUCAAAUUUCCGGUUGCGAACCGGGAGAAGUCGGAUUGAGGAACGACGAAGUUUCCGGUAUACAAAAAUUAUCCGUCGCAUUCGUUAAAUUAUUGGACAAAUCGAAAUUUUCAACUCAGGAAGAUGCCGAAGUUUUAGAUUGGAAAGACGUGAAUCCGAUUUUCGUUUUGACGUCAUCCGGUCUCACGAUACGUUUCGUCAAAGAACCCAAAUAUUCCGAUACCGUUCAUAGAGUAAAAAAACAUUUCGACAAUUGGAAUUUUCUAACGGAUUUUGCAAACGGAGUUUUUGAAAAAAAAUUAAAAGAUUUAAAAGUCGAUGACGUCAUUGGUAAUUCCGAUGAUUUACCACUUCCGGAUAUUUCCUCCUCCUCCUCCUCCUCAUCGACCGGCGGUAACAGGAAAGAAUUUGAAAAUUUUUUAUUUACCAUAUGGAAAAUUAUGAAAAUAUCCGUUAAUUACGCUGAAAAUAAUUUUUACCGAUGGUCGAAUGCGAAUUCGGCCGCGACGACGACGACUACGACAACACCGGAAGUCGAAGAAAACGCGGAAGUCGGACGUUCGAAUGAAGAUUCGUCGUUAUCAUCAUCAUCACCUUCGGAAUCGUUAUCGUUAUCAUCGGAAACGUCUCUUCCGUUGACUUCCGUUGUAAGGACGGAAAAUGAAGAAGAACAACAACGAAACGACAGAAUCAUUCCACGCUAA